UGCGUGACGUCAUCUCUAGGCGACAGUGAGCGGUUUGUUUCGGUUCCUCCUCGGGUCCGGUGACAGCUCCUCUGAUCUUCACUCAGAUGCAGCAGGACGCAGAAUGGACGUCAACAUCCGCUUCUUCUUCUUCUUUUUAACCUCUUCUCUGUUGUUCUCCGGCUGGGCCUCACCGCCCAACAUCGUGCUGCUGUUCGCAGAUGAUUUGGGUUUCGGGGACUUGGGUUGCUAUGGUCACCCGAGUUCAGUCACACCGAACCUGGACCGGCUGGCAGCGGCGGGGCUCCGGUUCACCGACUUCUACUGCAGCAGCCCGGUCUGCUCUCCGUCCAGGGCAGCGUUGUUGACGGGGCGCUAUCAGACCCGCUCCGGUGUCUACCCGGGAGUGUUGUACCCAGGAUCUAGAGGCGGUCUUCCUCUCAAUGAGACCACCAUUGCUGAAGUGUUGAAACCUGUGGGCUACGCUACUGCUGCCGUAGGGAAGUGGCACUUGGGAGUUGGGGCCAACGGGAUGUUUCUUCCGACCAGGCAGGGAUUUGACCAGUACCUGGGCAUCCCCUACUCCCACGAUCAGGGCCCCUGUAAGAACCUGACUUGUUUCCCUCCAGAUGUUAAGUGUUUUGGAGUGUGUGACGUUGGCGGUGUAACUGUGCCACUAAUACACAAUGAGGUCAUCAAGCAGCAGCCAGUCAACUUCCUCGAUCUGGAAAGGGCUUACAGUGAUUUUGCCACUGAUUUCAUUAUCACGUCAGCCACGAAACAACAACCGUUCUUCCUCUACUAUCCUUCCCAUCACACCCACUACCCCCAGUAUGCAGGUCUUGGGGCAGCCGGGCGCACUUUAAGGGGUCCGUUUGGAGAUGCUCUGUUUGAGUUUGACAGCACGAUAGGAAACCUACUGACAACCCUGGAGAAGACAGGAGUGAUCAACAACACGCUCGUCUUCUUCACAGCAGACAAUGGGCCUUCGCUGAUGCGUAUGUCCCGUGGAGGAAACGCGGGGCCUCUGAAAUGUGGAAAAGGCACCACUUAUGAGGGUGGCAUGAGAGAGCCGGCCAUCGCCUUCUGGCCAGGGACCAUCCGGCCAGGUGUGACUCAUGAGUUGGCCAGCACUCUAGAUCUCCUCCCCACCAUCGCAAGUCUGGCAGGAGCCAAACUACCCCAGGUGAUGCUGGAUGGGGUCGAUAUAACAGAAAUCCUUGUCAACCAGGGAAAGAGUAAAAGGGAGACGAUGAUGUUCUACCCCACAGAUCCCAGUGAGAAGUAUGGCCUGUUUGCUCUCAGGAUGGGGAAGUACAAGGCCCACUUCUACACACGAGGUGCUACCCACAGCAGUACUACCCCGGACCAAGACUGCCCAGUGUUUGCAGUCCUCAAGGCCCACGACCCCCCUCUUCUUUUUGACCUGGAGGCUGACCCCUCAGAGCACUACCCUCUCUCCCUGAUGGUACAACCAGAACUCAAAUCCAUACUGGAGAGGAUCAAGAAAGUCAAGGAACAGUUUGAAGCCUCCAUGGUGUUCGGAGAGAGCCAGAUAUCAAAAGGAACAGACCCGAACCUGGAGCCUUGCUGCGAUCCUCAGUGCAGCCCCAAGCCCAGCUGCUGCAAGUGUUGAUGGGACAAAUUCCCACGACCGCCAAUCAUGACGACAAUGUGGGAAAGACUGGAGAUGCCAUUAGGAGCACCGGAGGAAACCGGAGGACACUGGAGGACACAGAGGCACAUGUCUUUUUUCAGAUUACCUGUCUCAUGCACUACUGUAAGGAUAUAGUGUUUUAUAAAAAUUGUAUUAUAAAAAAAAACAUUUUAAUCAUAUUUGCUCCAUUUCUACCCACUGUUUGCUUUAACUCAAUGAGGAAAUUUUCUUAAUAUUGAUAUCAACUACAUUUAGAACUAAUACAUGUUUUAUUCAUUUAUUUUUUUUAUAACUUUCAUCUCAACUUUUGUUUUAAUCAUAACAUUUUGAAUAAAUGUAUUGAGUUUAUGUGAAAAUGCUUUGCAACAACCACACAAAUAAUCAAGAGCAGAUCUGAACAAUAAAGACAACAAUAAAGGUUUUUCGGACAUCAAGCAUAUAUUUUAUUCAUAAGACCAAACCCAUGACAAGGCAGAGUGAUUUUUUUUGUAAUUUUUUUCUUUGUUUUUCCCUGGAAUUUUAAUUAAUUGUACAAGUCCUUGUUUUUUAAAGAUACAAGAUAGGAUAUGUUUGUUCUGUCACAUACUGUUUUGCUCUAGGUAUACAGUGAAGAAUCUUGUUAAUGUAAUAAAGUCAAAAGUUUGGUUUAA